CGUGGAAAUGACGUGUCUCCGCACGUUUUGGCGAGCCCAUAAAGGAUGGACUGUCCUCUCACUGUCACACUGAAUGAGAGGGUGCAAGACAACAGAAGCAGAAAGGGACAGUGGGAGCAGUGAAGACCAGGGAGACGCACGGAGGGUAUAGAGAUAACCGUCUCGGUUUUUGGGGAGGAAGAUAACUAAACAGUGACAUCAUAUUUACCGGAGGCACCGUGACAUCAUAUUUACCGGAGGCGCAAAGUGGAGGAUAAAACCAGGCGAGCGCGUUCUCUCUUACUGUGGGAGCGGAGACACUCAGGGGACACGCAAAUGUGAGCGACGCGCACGGGGCAAACUCAGGGACCGACUCAGGUGCAGAGAAACCAAACUGGCGGCGCACUUAGGAUGCAGAAGUCACCAGUGGAAGAUGCAAACUUCCUCUCCAAAUUUUUCUUCUGGUGGACAACACCGCUGCUGAGGAAGGGCUUCAGAAAGAAGUUAGAGCUGACAGACGUUUAUAAGGCUCCUUCCUAUGAUCAGGCAGACAACCUCUCUGAGAGACUUGAACGAGAAUGGGACAGAGAGGUGGUGUCAGCCAAGAACAAGCCCAGGCUGAUGAGAGCGCUGGCCCGAUGCUUCAUCGGCCCUUUCACCUUCUUUGGUGUCCUCCUCUACCUUGGGGAGGCCUCCAAGACAGUGCAGCCUCAGCUUCUGGGUCGCAUCAUCGCCUCCUUCGACCCAUUCCACGCUCCAGAACGUGAGCAGGGAUACUUCCUGGCCCUGGGCCUCUGCCUUCUCUUCACCGCCCGCUUCCUCCUGCUGCAACCUGCCAUCUUUGGCUUGCAUCAUCUGGGCAUGCAGAUCCGCAUUGCCCUUUUCAGUCUCAUAUAUAAGAAGACCCUGAAGCUGUCGAGCCGAGUCUUGGAUAAGAUCAGCACUGGUCAACUAGUCAGUCUGAUGUCCGCCCACCUCAACAAGUUAGAUGAGAGCUUGGGUCUGGCCCACUUUGUAUGGAUCACCCCCCUGCAGUGUAUACUGUGUGUGGGUCUGAUCUGGGAGCUGAUCGAGGUGAAUGGCUUUUGCGCACUGGCAGCACUGACUCUGCUGGGCAUCAUCCAGGCCUGGCUCUCCCAGAAGAUGGGGCCGCACCGGGUUGAGCGAGGAGUGAUGAUCAGCCGCCGCCUGGCUCUCACCUCAGAGAUUGUGGAGAACAUCCACUCUGUGAAGGCGUACGGUUGGGAGGAGGUGAUGGAGACCAUCAUCAAGAACAUCAGACAGGACGAGAUGACGCUAACGAGGAAGAUUGGGUCUCUGCGUUACUUCUACAGCGCCUCGUACUUCUUCUCCGCCAUCUUGGUCAUCGUGUCUGCCAUCGUGCCGCACGCACUCAGUAAAGGCAUCAUCCUGCGCCGGAUCUUCACCACGGCUUCCUACUGCAUGGUGCUGAGAAUGACGCUGACCCGCCAGCUGCCAGGGUCCAUCCAGAUGUGGUACGACACGCUGGCACUGGUCAAGAAGAUCGAGGAAUUCUUGAUGAAGGAAGAAUACAGAGUGCUGGAGUACAACCUGACCACCACUGAGCUGGAGCUGGUCAACGUGUCGGCAUCCUGGGACGAGGGCAUUGGUGAGCUGUUUGAGAAGAUCAAACAGGAGAACAAAGCAAACGGACACCUGAACGGCGACGCUGGCCUCUUCUUCACUAAGCUCUACGUAACACCUGUUCUCAAAAACAUCAGCCUGUACCUGGAGAAGGGCAAGAUGCUGGCGGUGGCUGGAUCCACUGGCUCAGGGAAGAGUUCCCUGCUCAUGAUGAUCCUGGGAGAGUUGGUGCCAUCGGAGGGUAAAGUCAGACACAGCGGUCGCAUCUCCUACUCACCACAGACUUCCUGGAUCAUUCCUGGGACGAUUCGAGACAACAUCCUGUUUGGCCUGACAUAUGACGAGUACCGCUACACCUCCGUCAUCAAAGCCUGUCAGCUGGAAGAGGACUUUGCCUUGCUGCCUGAGAAAGACAAGACACACCUCGUCGAAGGAGGGGUGACCCUGAGCGGCGGUCAAAGGGCUCGCCUCGGCCUGGCCAGGGCUGUGUAUAAAGAUGCAGACCUCUACCUGCUGGAUGCACCUUUCACCCACCUGGACAUCGUGACAGAGAAAGAGAUCUUUGAGAAAUGUGUCUGUAAACUCAUGGCAUCCAAGAUACGCAUUGUGGUCACCAGCAAGUUGGAGCAUCUCAAAAGAGCAGACAAAAUCCUUCUGCUGCACAACGGCGACUGCUACUUCUACGGCACCUUCUCCGAGCUGCAGGACAAGCGCCCUGACUUCAGCUCCCUCCUCCUCGGCAUGGAAGCUUACGACAACAUCAACGCCGAGCGCCGCAGCUCCAUCCUCACAGAAACUCUUCGCAGAGUCUCCAUUGAUGAAACCGCUGGCUUCCGAGGCCCAGAGACAAUUCGCCAGUCGUUCCGCCAGCCACCUCCUCCGCUGAUCGUCUCCGGAUCCCAAGGCCAUGCUGGAGGUGAUGGCUACCCAGAAAAACGCAAACAGUCCCUCAUCCUCAACCCUCUGGCAGCUGCUCGCAAGUUCUCCUUCAUCGGGAACUCCCAGCAGUCAAAUACUCCCCAGUCCACCACGAUAGAGGACGGGGUUCGUGAACUCUCCGAGAGGAAAUUCUCUGUAGUACCCGAGGAUGAUCAAGUGGAGGAGGUGCUCCCCAGGGGGAACUUGUACCAUAAUGGGUUGCAGCACCUUAACGGGCAGCGGCGCCAGUCUGUCCUGGCGUUCAUCACCAACGCUCAGGGCCAUGCGCGCAGGGAGCAGAUGCAGAUGCACUCCUCCCUCAGAAAAAAGCUGUCCAUCACGCCGCAGUGUGACCUGGUGUCCGAGCUGGACAUUUACGCCCGCCGCCUCUCCAAAGACAGCGUUUAUGACAUUAGUGAGGAUGUGGAUGAAGAAGACAUGGAGCAAUGCUUUGCAGAUGAACGUGAGAACAUCUUUGAAACUACCUCAUGGAGCACAUGCCUACGCUACAUCACCACCAACAGGAGCUUAGUCUACGUCCUUAUUUUUAUUGUCUUGGUCUUUAUCAUUGAGGUUGCUGGUUCAGCCAUUGGCAUUUUCUUCCUUACUGAAAAGAUCUGGAAGGACAGCACCACCCCUCCAUCUCCAAACUCCAUCGAUGAGGAGCAUCACAACACCUCGUCGCCCGCCGUCCACAGGGGAAUCAUUGUCACACCAACAAGCGCGUACUACAUCAUCUACAUCUAUGUGGCCACAUCGGAGAGCGUGCUGGCCUUGGGAUUCUUUAGGGGCCUCCCGUUAGUGCACACAUUACUCACUGUGUCCAAAAGACUGCAUGAACAGAUGCUUAGUGCUGUUCUACGAGCCCCCAUGGCUGUGCUCAACACCAUGAAGACAGGCCGGAUAAUGAACAGAUUCACCAAGGACAUGGCCACCAUAGAUGACAUGCUGCCUCUGGUGCUGUUUGACCUCAUACAGCUCACCUUGAUUGUUACGGGUGCCAUCUUCACCGUGUCCAUCAUACGGCCUUACAUCUUCAUCGCUGCCAUCCCAUUGGCUGUCAUCUUUGUUAUCCUCAGGAAGUACUUCCUACGAACUGGACAACAACUCAAGCAACUGGAGGCUGAAGCUCGCAGCCCCAUCUUUUCUCACCUCAUCAUCUCGCUGAAGGGCUUGUGGACAAUUCGGGCGUUUGGACGUCAGAGCUACUUCGAGACGCUCUUCCACAAGGCGCUCAACACUCACACGGCCACCUGGUUCCACUACUUGUCCACACUGCGAUGGUUCCUCUUUCGCUGCGAUAUGAUCUUCGUGCUGUUCUUCAGCGCCGCCGCCUUCAUCGCCGUAGGCACCAACCAGGACAAACCAGGGGAGGUUGGCAUCAUCGUGGCCCUGGCCAUGCUCAUCCUGGGGACUUUCCAAUGGGCUGUCAUCACCAGCAUCACUGUAGACGGACUGAUGCGUUCGGUGGAUCGGGUGUUCAAGUUCAUCGACCUGCCGUCAGAGGAGCCGCUGCCAGCCAAAUCUAGUGGUAGAUCUAGUGGAGGCCCCGACCUGGUCAUUGACAACCCUCAUGCCCAGGACUGCUGGCCCAAUUGUGGCCAGAUGGACGUCAAGGGCCUCACUGUCAAAUACACGGAGGCUGGACGGGCCGUCCUCAGCGACAUCUCCUUCUCUGUGGAGGGAGGGCAGAGCAUGGGUCUGCUGGGUCGAACAGGAUCAGGGAAGAGCACCCUACUCUCUGCUCUGCUUCGUCUCGCCUCCACUGAUGGAGAAAUCUCCAUUGAUGGCGUCUCCUGGAGCUCCGUCUCCCUGCAAACAUGGAGGAAGGCCUUUGGGGUGGUGCCGCAGAAAGUUUUUAUUCUGACCGGCACGUUCCGGAUGAACCUGGACCCACACGGACGUUACAGCGACGAGGAGCUGUGGAAGGUCGCAGAGGAGGUGGGUUUGAAGUCGGUGAUCGAGCAGUUUCCAGAGAAGCUGGACUUUCAGCUGGAGGACGGAGGCAACGUGCUGAGUAACGGACACAAACAGCUGCUGUGUCUCGCCCGCUCCAUCCUCAGCAAGGCUCGCAUCCUGCUGCUGGACGAGCCCUCCGCCUACCUCGACCCCAUAACGUUACAGGUCCUGAGGAAGACGUUGAAACACUCAUUCUCUAACUGCACCGUCAUCUUAUCAGAACACAGAGUGGAGCCGCUGCUGGAGUGUCAAUCAUUCCUGAUGAUCGAGGGCAGCUCCAUGAAAAGCUACGACUCCAUCCAGAAGUUGCUGAAUGAGACGAGUCACCUGAAGCAGGCCAUGAGCCCUGCCGACCGUCUCCACCUCUUCCCAACUCUUCACCGCCUCAACUCCAGCAAGAGGGUGGCGCCGCAGACCGCCAAGAUCUCGUCCCUGCCAGAGGAAGCUGAGGACGAAGUCCACGACACUCGCCUCUAACCGGCCAGGCACACAAACACACACACACCCCCCCUCACUCUAACGGACAAAGCAAAGAUUAACUUACUGAUGAUUGUGGGCCAAUAGUGAACAUUUUUGAGCCAUUAUUUCCCCAAAUUACCAGUGAGACAGCAUCUCAGUCACUAUGGGACACUAAAACAACAUAUUUUAUUCAACAGUAGGAGAAUUCACAAAAAUUUAAAAAACAUAUACUGUGCAAAAAAAAUGAAGUUUUCCAAUAUAUUAACAUACACAACAUAUAUUUAUACAACAUAUAUAUAUUUUUUUUUACCAUCACAUCUUGAUCAAGACAACAUGUCUGCAUACAUGUAUAUGUAGGUGAAUCGGAAAUUAAAAGAUGCAAAAGAGGUACCCAUAAUGAAGGUCUGCUGUAAAUCUGUCACUAAAUUGGAAAGAUUAUAAUGAACCAGAGUGUGUAUGUUGCCGCAGGGAGAGCUAAAAUACUCCCAUGUAACAGAGACCACCAGAAGCAGAGAAGAGUGGCUUACUGGAUACUUUGUAGUAAAAGGUCCCAUGACAUGUUGCUCUCUGGAUGCUUUUAUAUAGACCUUAUUGGUCCCCUAUACUGUACUGAAGUCUCUUUUAUAUAGACCUUAGUGGGUCCCUAAUACUGUAUUGAAGUCUCUUUAUAUAGACCUUAGUGGUCCCCUAAUAGUAUCGAAGUCUCUUUUAUAGACCUUAGUGGUCCCUAAUACUGUACUGAGUCUCUUUAUAUAGGAACCAGUGGUCCCUAAUACUGUAUCUGAAGUCUCUUUUAUAUAGACCUUAGUGCAGGCCUUGGUGCAGAAUUCCAUCCACUAGAGCCAGUCCCACAAUGUUAAACCAUUUUAUACAAUGAAAUUUUAAUGCCAUGGGAACUUUAAACCAUUUCAAUCAAUUUAUUUUAUUUCUCACAUGAAAUUGUGCGAGGUGCAAUUCCAGUGAAACGUAAUCUCAUCAGCUACUUGAACUUCUGCGUGAUUCAUCAUGAAGCAGAAGAAGGCGCUCCCGGAUUCAGCCAAGUCUCGGCAAAGGGACCCCACCCUACCUGACUACCUGACAUCCCUCUGGAAACCGGCGGAGGCACAGUCGGACGCCUACACUGGCUAGCAGGAUGCUCAGCAGAGAAGUCACAGUUGGUGUUCAAUUCCUCCACACGUGCCUCGGUUCCCCCUCUGAUAUAGAUGGAGAUGGACCCAGGAAUGGUCUCGCUUGUCCCCGUAGUCGGGAUUGUAGCCGUAGAGCAGGAGACCGGUGAGCUGAUUUCCCCCAUCCUGAUGAGAGACUUGUAGUCAUGAGAUGGCCGCAGCGAGGGCCUUGUUAACUUGAGGUAAUCUACGCCACCUUUUCAUCGGUGUUAACUCUGAUGUUUACAUUUGAAAACUUCACUGGCCAGGUGGCUAGCUAGCCAGGCAGGAGGUGAUCGGAGUCAGAAGGAGACCCAGAAGUUGAUUUCCUGAUCCUCAUGAGGGACUCAUAGCCACGUGCCUUCAGCGUCCACCGUCAACAACAUAAAGCACAAGUGAUAUUUCUAAAAUGGACAAUUCAGCAUAAAUUUUGCGACUGGAGAGGUGCCUAGGUGAGAGAUGUCAUUUCUGGUCACAGCCUGGUGUGACGCCCAUGUUGCCAUCGUCGAAAUAAGAACAGGAAACCAGAGGAGAGGAUAGGAUAGGAUAGGAUGCUUUUCUAGCAUAUUCACAUGCCUUUUACAAGUUUCAGUCAGUCAGGUGCUUUUUGGGGAUGCUGGACAAACUGUGAGGGUUGCCCCAGUUCAGAUAAUCCUCAAAAGAUUUCUCCUUUGAAACCAAACUAUUGUAUUGUAUUAUAUAUUUUUUUGCAUACUUGUUUUUAAAAAAAAAAGCAUUUUCAUUGGUUUAAACUAAGGGAUUAUUUUAAGAUAAAAGGUUUUGUUCUGAACAACCAGCUCAGACUGAACACAAAAUAGCAGCCACUGUAGAGGUCUGCUCACAAAGCACCUUAAUUUAUCAUAUGCACGUGAUCCAAUCAUCUUCAGGUAGCUAGAAGGAAUCAAUAUUGCAGAUAAUAUUGCACAUAAAAGAGAUAUCUUUUAAAAGAGUGGGCUAUAUUGAUACAUUUGAAAACUUUGUCGUUCACACAGCCUCUGUCCCCAUUAACAAGGAAUCCACACGGGAUUAUAUGUUAGAUGUACUGUUAGUCACUCGUUGGACAAAUAGAGGUUGGAUUCAUUGUAGAUUAACGGGACGAAAUCCUCUUUUCACAACCAAAAACAAUUUUCAGAAACAGUCCAGUUUGAUUCUAACAUGUUAGUUUAGUGUGAACCAAAACAAACAAAGCUGCUCUAAAAUUUUACUGUUAACAAUCAAACUUUUUCAAUUCCAAAAUAGUUAAUUGCACAACACAGGUGUUGUCAUUAACCUGUAUUUAAUGUUAAAACACGACUUUGAACCAUUAAAUAUUGGAUCAAUAUUGCUGUUGUAAACAUGUAGGAUUCAUGAUUAUAAUGCCUUUUUUUUAUACUCAUUCAGUUUUUAUACGAGAAAGGUAAAAAUGGAAAGGAUAAAAAUGUAAUAGUGAGUUUAGUUUGGCUACGUAGUGAAACUGCUCUAAAAGUUGUCCGCACACUGACACUAAGACACAUUUCAGUACAAGCUUUGAUAGGCUGGAAAUAGACAACAUUUUAAAAUCUGUAUAUCUUACAUGAUGAUAAGAGAUCAGAGCUUUGUGAAACCGAAUUAAGGCCAACUGCCGCUGGGAGUAAGACGUCUACAGUGGCUUCAUGUGUGUUGUGUUGAAGUAUCUUCUAAAUAUUUGCUUUUGUAUCUUUAAUAAAUCUGACCCUGCAGUAACUUAACUGGCAGCAACACACACACACACACACACACACACACCCAACCAGAAACAGUGCCGCCAUUGGCUGACACUACUAACGAGUGAUGACUCAGAACCCUUAUGCACUUUAGAGACACCCUGAGGUACUCGUCAGCUUUCACAGCAACGAAACUGAUUGACGACGAUUCAAGUUUUUGUUUUUCCAUUCCUCCAUAAAAUGAAGUGUAGAUGUGGAAUUGUUUGUUUACAAAUUACGCUUUUUAUUCAAAAUGUUCAGCCUCUGUGAAUUGAUUCUAGAAAGAAAGCAGUA